ACUGUCCUACGCGUCCCCGCCAUGAUACCACGCUCCAAGCUCGCCCGCCGCGUCGCCACCAACGCCCGCCGCACCGCCCUCGCUGCCCGCAGCCACUAUGCGACCGCCGCCGAGGACGACCCCGCUGCCGCUCAUGACAGCCAGCGCAAGCCCCAGCGCCGCAUCCGCGAGAAGGAGGCCAACUUCGCCGUUAGUGUCGUCCAUAAUCGUAUGCGCAAGGCCGAGCGGGAUGAACGUAUGGAUAUCACUGCCGCCCUUACAGAGGUGAAGACAUACAUGGGUGGCUUCACACAUCCCCGACAGAUUCGGACCUCCAACUGGUGGCCCGGCGGUCCCUACCACGAGAACAGGACCUAUGAGCAGCCUCCGCCCGCCGCCUACACCCCGCACACCGUCUUCAUCGCCGAGUCGCGCUACCCCAUUCGGCACGAGGUCGGACGCCCAGACACCGUCGAGCAGUUCAUCGGUGUCUGCCGCGAGGAGGACUUCCCCGCCAUCAUGGAGCGGCUCAACAGCGAGCGCACUCCCCCGGAGCUCAGGGACAUGAUGGACAACGCGCGGUGGCCCUGGGGCAAGCAGAAGAAAGUGCGCCCCACGCAGUGGCUGGAGAAGGGUGAGACGCGCGAGGAGCUGAUGCGCAAGAUCGACGAGCUGGACCACCAGGAGGCCGCCGCUGCCGUCGCUGAGGCCGCGACGUCGUCCCCGCCGAAGAUGCAGUCCAAGGAGACGAGUCUGUCCGGCGGACACCUCCGCGCGACAGAGCUGCUCAUGCCGCAGCGUCCGGGCGGAAACGUUCAGCAGCGCCGUGUCUUCCACUUCUCGAUGAACGCGCGCGCCGAGAACGGCGACCCGAGCAAGCCGCCUGAGGGCCCCGGCUCAUUCGAAGCGCGCCGCCAGAUCCCCGCGUCGUCGUGGGCCCGCCCCCACAAGCCGUCGCAAGACGCCGAUGAUCAUGUCGUGCCCUCAUACUACGUCGAGCGUAAGCGCCAGAGGUCGGAGAUCGCUGAGAGGAAGGAAGAGGAGGGCAGCCUGAUGGCCGAACUCAACGCAGGCAUCCUCAGCGAUGGCCUCGCUGCGGAGACCAAAGGCCGCGACGGGAAGAUCCCUGUCGAGGUGCUCAUGCUCGAGGAGGGCGUCGUCAUUCACCCGAGUGGUUUCGAGCCGCCUACGCCCGAGACCGAGUUCCACCCUGCUGUCGCGAAGAGGUCGACGGAGGACCAUCCCCUCCUUGAGACGAUCAAGCAGCGCUGGGACGACAUCCCUCCCAGCGUCAACGAGGUGGCCUCCCGCCCCGACUACGACGCGAACGUCGAGAAGGAGUUCACCAAGAGGACGUACAUGCGCGACCAAGCGGAGCUGGACGCGGCGGAGGUCCUCACGAACCCGGGCGUCGUCGCGCACCCCGCCGGCACGCAGGCGGAGCCGUCCCUCGCAGGCGCGGUGUCGCAGCUCGGCGCGCAGCCCGAGUCGUCGCAGAGCAAGCGCGCGCAGAUCCCGACGUCCGCGUGGGACGCGCCCGAGCGGCAGCAAGUCCUGACGCGCCGCCAGCGCGAGGAGAACACGCGCGACGACGUCGUGCCGCCGUACUACAUCGAGCGCAAGCGCCAGAGGUCGGAGAUCGCUGAGAGGAAGGAAGAGGAGGGCAGCCUGAUGGCCGAACUCAAUGCAGGCAUCCUCAGCGAUGGCCUCGCCGCGCAGAUGAGGGUGCGCGAGGAGAAGAUCCCCGUAGAGGUGUUUAUCCCCCAUGAGGGCACCGUCAGCCACCCCAGCGGCUUCGAGCCGCCCACGCCCGAGACGGAGUUCCACCCGACGGCGGCCAAGGUCGCGACGGAGGACGACCCCUUCAUUACGACCAAGAAGGUGCCGUGGCACGACUCGGAGAUUAUCCGCAGCGCGGAUGGCAACGGGAACGGGAACGGGAACGGCAAUGGCAAGAACGGUGCGUCCACGUCGAGCAAUGGCUCUCGCGGCCUGCACACGAGUGCGGUCCUCCGCGCCGUGGCCAUGUCGGACUCUGCGUUCGGGCUCAUGUCCCCCGCGCUCAUGCGUGCCCCCGAGCCAGCGGCCGAGGCGUCGUCCCAGCAGCCGCAGCCGGAGGAGUCCUUUCCUGACGAAGACAUCGUAGACACCGGCUCGCUGAGCGACGCCGCGAAGGAGAGCGCCGCCGUCCGCGCGGCGCGCAGCAAGUACCUCGCGACGCUGCAGGAGACGCCCUUCUGGCGGCCGCUCCUCAGCGUGACGCUGCAGACGCGCCCGCUCGCGGCGUCCAUCGCGCGCCUCUCGCACGGGCGCGCGCGCGGCGUGCCGUUCUACGCCACCGUCGACCCGCACGACCGCAAGUACGGCCCGUCGAUGGGCUCGCGCAUCCGCAACAUGCGCCUGAACCGCGCACACGAGCUCGUCGUGGACGCCGCGCGCCUCCUCCGCGGCGAGCGCGGCGGCAUCCUGGGCAUCCGCUGGCACGCGGAGGCGAGGGGCCGCGGUAUCAAUGGGGAGGGCCUCGCGGAGCCGGUCCCGGUCGAGAAGCGGAUGAUCAAGGUCGGCUUGGGCGAGUGGUACAAGCACGCGGAGGGGUGGAAGGCGAUCUAUGCCGAGGCUGCGCGCGAGGCGGAGGUGGACGAUGCGUUCGAGGUGUUUGGCAUCGACGAGCGCGGGAGGAGGACCGAUGGCAAGGAGUGGGCGAAGCACGCUGAGACCGCGAAGGGGCUCCCUGCUGGUCUCGAGGAGUUUAUCGCGCCGAGCGCCCCGAGCGUUGACCUGAGUAGAGAGGAACGCUGGGCGCAAGAGGAUGCCCGGGUGAAGCAGAUGCUGGCGCACAAGGAGGAGAUCGCGGCUGCACGGGCGCAGGCUCGCCACCCCAAUGUGCUCACUCCGUGAAGUUGACCUCGCUAAGGUCGAUUUCGAGAUCGUCUCGGUUUACUUACUUUCUCUGAAGAACUGUUACGACUCUGCUACUUAAUUAGUAGAACGCACUCACUGAUCAUACGUAUGCACUAUCCUCACAUCUCUUACCCUGUAAUAGCACUAGCAAUCGCAUCUUACGUUGAGCCAUAAA